ACGGGGACAGCGGCACCGCGGCCCCGGCGACACUCCGGGACCCCCCCAGGAGCCACCAUGGGCCAGCGGGUGGCGACCCCCGCCCCGCUGAGCCACGUCCCGCCCGGAGCAGAGGAGCGCUCCGCCCAGGCCACCGUUGUCGCGUGGCGCCAGUACCGCCAGGCGUGCGAGCUGCACCUGCGCCUGGCCCCGCCCGCCCCAGGACCCGUCUGCAACCGCAGCUUCGACCUGUACGCGUGCUGGGGGGACGCUGUCCCCAACAGCACCGCCACUGUCCCCUGCCCCUGGUACCUGCCCUGGUACCACCGAGGUAACGCGGCGGGGACAGCGGGGGACAGCGGGGGACAGCGGGGGACAGCCGGCGGUGACAGCCGUGCCACAGUGCAGGGCGGGGUGGUGGCGCGGCGCUGCGGCCCCGACGGGCGCUGGGUGACAGACGACAGCGGCAGGCCCUGGCAGGACAACGCCCAGUGCGAGGACCUGGCGCAGAUGCAGCCGCUGCAGCGCCAGGUGUGGCUGCUGGAGCAGUUCCGCCUCCUCUACACCGUGGGAUAUUCGCUGUCCCUUGUCGCGCUGGUGGUGGCACUGCUGCUGCUGCUGCUGCUCAGGCGCCUGCGCUGCACGCGGAACCUGAUCCACGCCAACCUGUUCGUGUCCUUCGCGCUCCGCGCCGGCGCCAUCCUCACGCGGGACGCGCUGCUGCCCCACGGCCGCGGCCGCGGCCACCCCCUGCAGCUGCUGGGCGCGCAGGCGGGCCCCGCGUGCCGCGUGGCGCAGAGCCUGGCGCAGUACUGCGUGGGCGCCAACUACGCGUGGGCCACGGCCGAGGGGCUCUUCCUGCUGCGCCUCCUGCUCGCCACCUCGGGCCGCCGCUGCCUGCCCGCCUUCCUGCUCCUCGGCUGGGGUGUCCCCGUGCUCUUCGUGGUGCCCUGGGUCGUGCUGCGGUACCUGUACGAGAACGAGGGGUGCUGGGAGCGCAAUGACAAGGUGGCGGUGUGGUGGCUCAUCCGCUGUCCCAUCCUGGCGGCUGUCGCGGUGAACUUCGUGGUGUUCGUGCGGAUCGUGCGGAUCCUGGUGGCCAAGGUGCGCGCGCACCAGGUGUCCCGCGGGGACACGCGGCUCAGGCUGGCGCGCUCCACGCUGACGCUGAUCCCGCUGCUGGGCGUGCACGAGGUGCUUUUCGCGCUGGCCGGCGAGGGCGAGGGCGGCGGCGGCCUGAGGCUGGCGCGGCUCUGCCUCCACCUGCUGCUCACCUCGGCGCAGGGCCUGGUGGUCAGCGUCCUGUACUGCUUCACCAACAAGGAGGUGCAGGCCGAGGUGCGCCGCGGGUGGCAGCGGUGCCGUCUGGGCGACCCCGGCCCCCCCAGGGCACCCCCGAGGGGUCGCGCCCGGCGGGGGCAGCGCCCGGUGGCGGAGAGCGGCUGCUGA